UCCGGGUAUUUCCACGCCCGUGCGCGCGCUCGCUCGCUGUACGGAGGCGCGCGGAAGGAAAUCUACGUCGCGGUGUGUCGCCGAUUCUUCGCUACAGCCCGGAAACUUCCAAAAGCGACAGAGAGCGAACCGAGCUGCAGUGACGCGCGACAUGGACGGACUGUUUCACCAGUGGGGGCCGUCCCCGGUGUCCCAAGGCCAUCCGUUCGUGGAGAUCAUCGAGCAGCCGAAAGCACGAGGGAUGCGUUUCCGUUAUAAGUGUGAGGGUCGAUCGGCCGGCAGCAUCCCCGGAGAGAAGAGCAACGACACCACGAAAACACACCCCGCCAUCAAGGUGCACAACUACAGCGGCCCGCUGAGAGUCAGGAUCUCAUUGGUCACCAAGAACCAGCCGUACAAGCCACACCCACACGAGCUGGUGGGCAAAGACUGCAAACACGGAUACUAUGAGGCAGACCUACAGGAGCGCCGGAUACACAGUUUCCAGAAUCUGGGUAUUCAGUGUGUGAAGAAGAAGGAUGUGGGAGACGCAGUUUCCUGUCGCCUGCAGACACAGAACAACCCCUUUAAUAUUCCUGAGGCCAAGAUCUGGGAGGACGAGUACGACCUGAACGCGGUGCGCCUGUGCUUCCAGGUGUCCAUCACGCUGCCCAGCGGAGACCUGUUUCCUCUGGAGCCCGUCGUGUCUCAGCCCAUCUACGACAACCGCGCUCCCAACACCGCCGAGCUCAAGAUCUGUCGGGUCAACAGGAACUCAGGCAGCUGUCGAGGAGGAGACGAGAUCUUCCUGCUGUGUGAUAAAGUGCAGAAAGAGGACAUCGAGGUGCGGUUCUUCCAGGACUCGUGGGAGAGCAAGGGCUCGUUCUCUCAGGCUGAUGUUCACCGGCAGGUGGCUAUCGUCUUCCGCACGCCUCCGUACCGUGACCCGAACCUGACGGAGCCGGUGCGUGUGAAGAUGCAGCUGCGCAGACCGUCUGACCGAGAGGUCAGCGAGCCCAUGGACUUCCAGUACCUGCCCGCCGACCCCGAUGAGCACAGGCUGAUGGAGAAGCGCAAGAGAACCGAAGGAAUGCUGCAGAACCUCAAACUGAGCAGCAUCAUCACAGGAUCCUCUGUGCCCGCAGACAGACGGCCGUUCAGUACAGCGAAGCGAACACUAGGUCUCUCUAAACCCCCAGCAGCCAGCGGUCUCUCAGCAGCGGUGUCUGCAGGAGCCCCAGUGAAGCCGCAGACGUCCUCCUUCUUCACUCCUGCUCCCGGUCAGCUGUUCUCCGCGUCCGCUCCGAGCUCGUCCGGCGACACAUGGAAGUUCCUCCAGAGUCUGACCGUAGACUCUCAGCCCAAAGCAGCGUCCAGCAGCUUCACGAGUCCCAGCACCGCUCCGUCCGUCCUCACGCAGGACUUCCCCACCGUCAACCUGUCCGACCUGCACGACUUCAACAGCUUCCUGUCCCACGAUCAGAUGAGCGCUCCGGCCGCAGCCGAGCCCGUCCAGAGCGCCGCGGCUCCAGACUCCUUCAGCUCCGCUCCCUUCCGAGUCGAGGCAGACGACGAGCUCCCAGAGUUCCCCAGCUUCUCCGAGGUGCACGGCUCCGACGUCGACAACAUCAACAUCGAGGAUUUCCAAGCGCUGCUGGUCCAGAGCUGUCUUCCUGGAGACGCGGGUCUGUCCGUGGGGAAGCCUGCGGCGAGCGAGGUGCAGGAGCCGGAUCACGCUGGGAACAGCUCCACCUGGAUGUCCUUCCCUCCCAGCAUCGCCAACCUCAUCCACAACGAGAGCAUGAUGGAGAGCGCAGCCGCUCCGACCCCCCCCGCCGGCGUCCUGGACGACCUGGACAUGCUGAGCUCCAUCGACGACGACCGCUUCAUGACCAUCUUCACCAGCAGCAGCCAGGUCGGCUUCCUGUCCGGACACCCCACCUAGUUUAACCCCGUAUAUACAGCAGAUUCAUUCAGACUUUAGUGGCUUUAGCGGGUGGAGGCUUUGAUGUACAGUUAUCUUUACCUUGUUCACCAGCCAAACUAGAUCACUCUGUGUCUGAAAACACCCACAGUGCCUUACUGAGCGGCUCAGCCAAUCACAGCGCAGAGUCACCGCCUCCUCCACCAAUGACUGUGGAGAACACUGAACUCUGGUCCUCACACAAUCAUUGGUCCAGUGAGAGAUAUUACACAGUCUACAGUAGAACCCACUUCUCCAUGUUAAUAGUUUAAUUCACUUAAAGGAACAUUGCACCAAGUUUUCAUUAUUAUAUUAUAUAUAUAAUUAAACAGUAAACCUGUAGUGCAGCCAAACAAUGAAAGGACUAAUUCAUCUUUUAAUCAAAUGAAGAGAUGAAACGUUAACCGUUUAAUGAGUGUUUAAAAAUGUAAAGUAAAUCAUAAACCAUUUUAAAAUAAGAGGCAGCAGAUGUCCUGAAAACAAACUUGUAAUAAAUUGUUGCUUUUAAAAAUUCAUUGAAUUAGACAUGAUUUAUAAUCAAGACUUUUAUUACUUCAAAAAUGUUCUUUAACCAAUAAAAUAGAAUGCAAAAUUUUUUUUAAUUAUUUGGAAAAGUAUAACUUGGAAACAAUCUGAUCCCAUACGGCCCUAAACAUGUCAUUUUUGUUAAAUUGUGUAAGUGUCAUGAUGAUUGUAAUUCAUUAGACACAGGAUUAAACUAAAACAAAUGUUUCCUAUUUAAAGGAAGUGGUUUUAACCUGCAGGAUUAGCCCUAAACCAUCAUGAGCACUAGUUAGUGGUCAUGUUCCUCUAGUGUGAGACGCUGAGCACUAGUUAGUGGUCAUGUUCCUCUAGUGUGAGACGCCGAGCACUAGUUAGUGGUCAUGUUCCUCUAGUGUGAGACGCCGAGCACUAGUUAGUGGUCAUGUUCCUCUAGUGUGAGACACUGAGCACUAGUUUAGUGGUCAUGUUCCUCUAGUGUGAGACACUGAGCACUAGUUAGUGGUCAUGUUCCUCUAGUGUGAGAGGCUGAGCACUAGUUAGUGGUCAUGUUCCUCUAGUGUGAGACGCUGAGCACUAGUUAGUGGUCAUGUUCCUCUAGUGUGAGACGCUGAGCACUAGUUAGUGGUCAUGUUCCUCUAGUGUGAGAGGCUGAGCACUAGUUAGUGGUCAUGUUCCUCUAGUGUGAGACACUGAGCACUAGUUAGUGGUCAUGUUCCUCUAGUGUGAGAGGCUGAGCACUAGUUAGUGGUCAUGUUCCUCUAGUGUGAGACGCUGAGCACUAGUUAGUGGUCAUGUUCCUCUAGUGUGAGAGGCUGAGCACUAGUUAGUGGUCAUGUUCCUCUAGUGUGAGACGCUGAGCACUAGUUAGUGGUCAUGUUUCUCCAGACGCUGAGCACUAGUUAGUGGUCAUGUUCCUUUAGUGUGAGACGCUGAGCACUAGUUAGUGGUCAUGUUCCUCUAGUGUGAGAGGCUGAGCACUAGUUAGUGGUCAUGUUCCUCUAGUGUGAGACACUGAGCACUAGUUAGUGGUCAUGUUCCUCUAGUGUGAGAGGCUGAGCACUAGUUAGUGGUCAUGUUCCUCUAGUGUGAGACGCUGAGCACUAGUUAGUGGUCAUGUUCCUCUAGUGUGAGACACUGAGCACUAGUUAGUGGUCAUGUUCCUCUAGUGUGAGAGGCUGAGCACUAGUUAGUGGUCAUGUUCCUCUAGUGUGAGACGCUGAGCACUAGUUAGUGGUCAUGUUUCUCCAGACGCUGAGCACUAGUUAGUGGUCAUGUUCCUUUAGUGUGAGACGCUGAGCACUAGUUAGUGGUCAUGUUCCUCUAGUGUGAGAGGCUGAGCACUAGUUAGUGGUCAUGUUUCUCCAGACGCUGAGCACUAGUUAGUGGUCAUGUUCCUCUAGUGUGAGACGCUGAGCACUAGUUAGUGGUCAUGUUUCUCCAGACGCUGAGUUCAGUCUCUGUUGUGGCUGGUGUUUGUCUUGUGUUGUCUUCUGGUUUAUUCUGCGAUCCGUUACACGCCGAGCAGGAGUUAAUCUGACGAUGUCUGGCCGUUGGAGCCGAGUCUAGCACUGACAGCUGCGCUCUAGCACGUUCACAAGCUUGCAGAAGAGAAGUGUGCCACUGGAAGGACUUGUAAAUAGCUGUAAACUAUCAGAUCUGAGGAGCAUCUUCCUGUAGGUGAAUGACAUCCCUGACCAAGUGCUUCAGUCAGUCCUCUGCUGACGCUUCAUCAUGUUCUGCUGUAACCCUAGCUGAUCGUCUCACUGCAAGCAUGCAAACAUUAAUCUCUCGGCCUGCAUGCACUUACACCUCCUGUUUGACAUGAUUUGAGUGUUUUACAAUGAAAUGUAUGCUUUUGUACUAUUAUAUGAGCUGUAAUAAAUGUAUUUACAUCUCAC